AUGGGUGGAAGUUGUAAAGAUCAGAGAAAGGCCGUUGCGGUGUGUCUUCAAAGAUCACCAUGUGUUCUGAUAGAGAGACACACGCCCACAGAGUGUAUUGAGAACCCAGAGUUGUCACAGAAGCUCCCAGAGCUGUGUAAAGCGCAGAUGAAGGCGUUCUGGGAGUGCAGAAAGGGGUUCUUUGACAUGUCCAAACGUUUCAGAGGGAAUGCGCCUCUAUCUACGGGCAAAUACGAUCAGCAGUUCGACAACCUGAGCUCGGGGAACUUUGACCCAGUGGAGGAGUACCAUAAGCUAAAGGUCCUCGAUAGUGGGAAUAAGGAUUGA